AUGCCUCUCUUUGCUACCAAUCCCUUCGAUCAGGAUGUCGAGAAAGCAACUGGUGAGAUGAAUACUGCUGAGGACUGGGGCCUCAUUUUGGAUAGCUGUGAUAAAGCCGGCCAGUCUCCCUUGUGGGCAGCUGACCUCAGUGGACACCAUGCAGACCUACGGUCUAUUAUGAGGAGGGUGAACCAUAAAGAUCCUCAUGUUGCUAUGCAGGCUCUGACUUUUCUAGGAGUAUGUGUACCAAAUUGUGGCAACAUGUUUCACUUAGAAGUACGUUCAAGAGAUUUUGCUAGUGAAGUAAGCAAUGGAUUAAACAAGUGUCACCCUGAAGUGUGGGAAAAAUUAAAGGCUCUUAUGGUUGAAUGGAUGGAUGAAUUUAAGAAUCAUCCACAGCUUAGUCGACUCUCAGCAAUGGUUAAUAACCUUAAGGAACAAGGUGUUACGUUUCCAGCUAUUGGCUGUCAGGCUGCGGAACAAGCAAAAGCAAGCCCAGCUCUUGUAGCCAAAGAUCCUGGUACUGUGGCUAACAAAAAAGAAGAUCUAGCGAAAGCCAUUGAGUUGUCACUGAAGGAACAAAGGCAGCAGUCAACCACCCUUUCCAGUUUGUAUCCAAGCACAUCUAAUCUCUUAACUAACCACCAACACGAAGGCCAAAAAGUUCGUGCUGUAUACGACUUGGAAGCUGCUGAAGAUGAUGAACUUACUUUUAGAGUAGGAGAAAUUGCUACACGAAGCCCUGUUACAGUUCUUGAUGACAGUGACCCCAACUGGUGGAAAGGUGAAACCCAUCAAGGCCUGGGGUUAUUCCCCUCUAAUUUUGUGACUGCAGAUCUCACUGCUGAACCAGAAAUGAUUAAAACGGAGAAGAUGGUACAAUUUAGUGAUGAUGUUCAGGUAGAAACGAUAGAACCAGAGCCAGAACAAGCCUACAUGGAUGAAGAUAAAAUGGGCCAAUUGCUGCAGAUGUUGCAAAGUACGGAUCCCAGUGAUGAUCAACCAGAUCUGCCAGAGUUCCUUCAUCUUGAAGCCAUGUGUCACCAGAUGGGACCUCUCAUUGAUGAGAAGCUGGAAGAUACUGAUAGAGAACAUUCAGAGCUCUCAGAACUCAGUGUUAAAGUGAUGGAGGCCCUGUCCUUGUAUACCAAGUUAAGGAAUGAAGAUCCAAUGUAUUCCAUGUGUGCAAAAUUACAGAAUCAGCAGUACUAUAUUCAGUCACCUGGUGUUUCUGGUCCUCAGGUGUACCCAGGCCCUCCUCAGCGUGGAGCUUACCCGGUCACAGGGAACGCACAGAUGGGCCAGCUCCAGAGCUACAGCCUUCCCCUGGAGCAGCUCUCUUCUCUCAGCCAAGGAACAGUGCCACUGCCCGCGCAGCAGGCCCAGGCUUCCUACCUCAACACAACGGGCAGUUCUGUUCAAGGGAGCACGUAGCCCAGCCAGGCUUCAGUGGACAGUCCUCCUCCUGCCGCCGCUGCCGCCCCCGUCGUCAUGAUAUGCCAGAACGCGGGGACCAGCCUGUCCCAGGUGCCGAACUAUACUUUCACAUCAGCGCUGCCCCAGCCCAGAGGCAGCUAUCAGCCACCUCCGCCCCAGCAGCCGUACUCGCAGAAGGCCCUGCUAUAG